AAGGGUAUCAUAUCUUUAUUCCAGGACUGGGCAGACUGUAGAUGCAUGAAAGAACAACAAAUGUUUCCAUCAGUAUGGGAAGAGUUUGGGUUACAUUUACACUCGAGGGAUUGCCGCUGACGUUUUUAUUCGUUUUCCCCAAAGCACUGCCACAAUCUACUGACAAACAAUUAGCAGAUCCCACACGCGAUCUCAUUUUGUUCUCCUGAGGGACGAGCUCUCCGUUGCGCUCAUUGUUUUUUUUGGACGGUCUGACGCGGAUCUCGAGCCACACACAGCAGCAGCGACUGGUUGCGUCUGUUUCGGGAGGCUCGCGCGACGCGUUAUUGAUCACGAGCCGCUUGAUUUAUCCGGUAAUGCAAGCAGUGCGGAUGGUGAUGGAGGCGCGCGCUGCUGUCCUCUGCGUGAUCGAUCAUGUAGCUUCAGAUCAGGGUGCAGACCGGACUUCAUCGAGCAGCUCUAGUGACUGAAGCAUCGCUAAACCGAGAGAUUUCCGAGCGGGGGACUGAACGGAAAGCAGCUGCCACAGAAUUAUUCACCGCAAAGACACCGACUGCAUGUACUCCGCACAAACCAUGUCAGCGUGCACAUCAUGCAGCGGGACGCGAGCGUCGGCAGGCCGCUGAGCGUCACGAGCGGGAGCCGGACAGGAGAACUGUGGAGGGCUUUUCUGACCGCGGUAAUAUCGGAGUUCACCUACGAGGGACCAUGUUGUCCAUCUUAGCAGCGGGGUCUGUGUUUUUCCCAGGUCUUUUCCUCUUGUCUAAGCAUUGUCUCAAAUCCAUCCCGGGACUGCGGUGGAAUGAGGGCGAUGCUGUCGUUGUUUCAGCCAGGUUGGUGUCGUCCAUCCAAGCUAUUAUGGCUUCUACGGCUGGUUACAUCAUCUCCACUUCCUGUCAGGACAUCAUUGAGGACCAGCACUGGCUGACCAGCUCCUACAUCCUGUUCGCUGUGCCGUACUUUGUGUAUGACAUCUACGCCAUGUUCCUGUGUUACUGGUACAAGCUCCAGGUCAAAGGUCACGAGGUGGACAACGGCUCCAAAUCCAAGGCUUUGGCGUUGAGAGGCUACCUGCGGCGAGAGUUCCUCAUGAUCCUGCAUCACGUGGUCAUGGUCACCGUCUGCUUCCCCAUCUCUGUGUUCUGGAGGCAGGGAAAGGGCGAUUACUUCCAGGGUGUCAUGUUCCUGGCUGAGCUCAGCACACCGUCCGUCUGUCUGGGCAAAAUCCUCAUCCAGUACAAGCAGCAGCACACUCUUCUUCACAAAGUGAAUGGAGCUGUAAUGCUGAUCACUUUCUUCCUCUGUCGAGUCCUUCUCUUCCCUUAUCUCUACUACGUUUACGGAAGGUACGCCUCUAUUCCCUUCUACCGGGUUCCUCUGACGGUGCCGUGGCAGUGUAAUCUGGGAGCGGCUCUGCUCAUGGCCCCGCAGCUCUACUGGUUCUCCCUGAUCUGCAGGGGGGCCUUUCGCCUGUUCACCGGCAGCUCCUCGCGCUCCCGCAAACCCACGGCUUCGCUCAAGCCAGAUUACGAAGGACACGAGCCGCUGCCUCAGUCUGCCAACGGAUACAGUUCACGGAUGGUGGGUCGGGACAAGCCCACAAUGUCGCACUGAGGGGAGGAGACUAUGCUAAUGAGACUAAGCAAAGAAUAAAGGGGAUUGGAUGAAUGCAGAGCAGAAGGGCAGGCUGCCAAGGAAGUACACGGAGUGAUUAAAGAAGUACUGAAAUGGACUAGACGCCCUGUAACACAUUACAGAACAGCAUUAUGUUUAGUUACAGGGCUCGUGUACUGUAAAUAAGACAUGCUUUAGUUGAUCAAGGGAAGCAAAAAUGCCGGAAAAAUCAGUGGAAGUGUCCACACAACGGCCAGAUGUGUGUCACAUCGCACCUGAGGCAAUAAGUGCAUAUUUUAUGUGAGAACAUUUCUGAACCAAGACGAGCACUUUUUGUUUGAGGCACUUUUGAAGGGUCACCGAAUGCCAGACUGGGGCUGAGGUCUCGUGCCUGAGGUCUGUUCUUUGCAUAUAUUUCUGUAGUGUUGCAGAUGCAUUGUUCAUAGAAAUGUCCUCGAUUAUUAUAUUUAGACUGGUCUACAAAGAGCAACCCGUGGCGUCCCAAGCGCAUUAUCAAGCUUGACUAGGUCUAUAGAUUUCAGCUGAAAUGCCUCUUGCUGGGUUUAAAGGGACAGUUCACCCAAAAUCUAAAUGUACCCACUUCUCAUGUCGUUUAGAUGCUGUAUUAUUUUAUUUGUGAAACACAGAUUGGAGAUGUUUGGCAGAAUGUCUGAGCUGCUCUUUUUGUUCCAACAUGUAAAAAAAAAAAAAAAAAAAAAACUCCAUAAAAGGACCACUACUGGUUUAAAUUUUGCGUUUAGCAAGAUAUAUAUAUAUAUUUUUUUUUUUCAUCAAAUGCAUUAAAUUGAUGAAAAAUUCACAGUAAAGAGAUUUAUAAUGUUACAUAAGUUUUCUAUUUAAAAGUAAAUGCUAGUCAUUGAACUUUCUGGAAAAAAAUCUUUAAUAUUACGCUGAUUUUUUACAAUUAAAUAGUAUAAAAAUAUGAAAUAUUAAGUAGCAAAAAACAAUUUCAACAUUAAUAAUAAUAAAUGUAUCUUGAAUCAUAUUAGAAUGAUUUUUAAUGAAAUGUAAGAGUAAUGAAACUGAAAAUACAGCUUUGAGAUCACAGCAAUAAAUGACAUUUUUAAAUAUUUUAAAACAAAUCCAGCUAUUAUAAAUUGUAAUAAUAUUUCACAAAAUUAUAUGUAUUUUGAUCAAAUAAAUGCAGUCUUGUGAGCAUUUGAUGGUAGUUUAAGUAUAUUAAAAUUUAAGGUCAGUAGUAUACUUAUAAUUCUAUACCGUUUUGUCUAAAUAAAUACAAAAUGAAACCCUAAAGACAGAAUGAAAAAUGGAUAAUAAUUUUGAGAUUUGCUCAAAUUACAUUUAACAGAGUUACACAUGACUCCAAAAUUGGAUUUACAAGUCUGUUCCUUACAUAUUUUAGUAUCACUGAAAUGCUUUUAUUGUAUUUAUUAUUAAUUUGAAUGAGUUUUUAUGUUGCGUUUUCCAUUUUAAUUUUAGUUAAAUAUUUAGAAAUUUUGUUUUGUUUUUUUAUAAAUAUUUAUUUUAGUACAUCAGUUUAAAACACAAGAGAUAUUACCUUGGCAGUUAACUGAAAUAAUAAUA